AUGCAGUCGGCUCUCGCGUCCCUCCCACCCGUGCUGGCGAGUGUGCUAUCGCCGAUGAAGGGCUGGGCUCCCUCCUCCACCAGUGGAUCCCAACAUAUUGUCAUGGACGACGACAUCCAUGCAGGUAGUGCGACCCUAUCUCUUCCUGCGCUUUACAUCGAACUUGGACCCCAGUGUAGCCAGUGCGGUCGACGAUUCAAGUCCGAUGCCGAGGAAGCUGAGAAACGCGGCCAAUAUCGAAGCCACUACGUACCGAAAUCUGACUGGAUAAAAUCCCGCGAGGAAGUUGAUCUCGAUUAUUCGGCCGAAGAAAAGGACGCAACGGUGGCGGAAGAGACUGCGAAACCGCCCGAGAAGCAGUACAUAAGAGUACCCGAUCCAGCCUCAGGCAUCGGCAAGGUGUGCCCGAUUUGCCAAGAGCAGUUUGAGAACAAGUGGCUCGACUCGGCUCAGGAAUGGGUGUGGCUGGACGCGAAAAUGGUGGGCAACCGAGCCUACCACGCCAGUUGCCACGCUGAGGCGACCAAGGACCGAGACCGCGCCACGACGCCCAGCUUUGGCGGGAGAGGAUUCACGCCCGAGCCGGUGCUCGGCAAGCGGAAGGCUGAUAAAGAAGAACAUUCUCUUCUGAAAUCACGAUCAAAGAUGAACUAA